AUGCGAAAAGGGAUACAUGAGGGCCAAGAGCAAGCAGACCGGGCAAUUCAGACGACUCAGUUCCUCUCAAGGAUACUUGUCGAUGUUCCGAAGAGUGGCUUUCAUCCUCCACCUCUUCAGCUUCGCGUACAUCAAUCCCACUUCAUUCGACUUCGCCAUUCAAGACUUGCUGCGCAAGUUGCAGACAGACGGGAUAUUGGAUUGGGUGCAGAGGGCGGGUCUACGGGCAGUGCACCUCUUCCCCCUCUCGAAGUACGCUGUCUCGGGCCUUGGACCUCCACCACAGCGAACGGUCGGCUGGAUGUAGCCCACUGGAAACAAGGGACCACCCAACACCUUUUGGCCACCUCAACUCAGCUCGCCUUCACCACUCGCCGUCGGCUAGGAGACAGACAAACCACGCGGGAAAACAGAAGCACUGAGAAAAGAACGUCUGCCAUUGAAGCCAAAUCAAUCACCUCCCGGCGCGGAGUCAAUUUUCACUGCAAUUCAAUCAAGCGUCCAUCACCCAUCAAUCUCGCAACCCAGGAAAAGUACCAACAAACACUUCAAUGCCUUCCAUCUCCAACUACGCAAGAGGGCGACCUUCUCAGCUUCUCCUAUAAGUGCUAUUCAGGAGUUGGCUUCUCCUCCAGUCCAGCACUUCUUCCGGGGUUCAAUCAACUGCGCCUUCCACAGGCACCAAAGCAUCAAACGAUUUCACUACAGACCAAGUGGUCGUGGGAUCAAAAUCGCACUUCUACAUGUCCAUCUCACAUCAACACUCCCUACACAAACCACACACGCAGUCUUGCCAUAUCCAUGCCGUUGCCUGAUUGCUAA